AGGGGAGGCGCCGGGGGCGCGCGCGCGCUGGGCGCUGCUGGGCUGCGGCGGCGGCGGCGGCGGCGGUUACUAUGGCGGAGUCGGCCGGAGCCUCCUCCUUCUUCCCCCUUGUUGUCCUCCUGCUCGCCGGCAGCGGCGGGUCGGGGCCCCGGGGGAUCCAGGCUCUGCUGUGUGCGUGCACCAGCUGCCUACAGGCCAACUACACGUGCGAAACAGAUGGGGCCUGCAUGGUUUCCAUCUUCAACCUGGAUGGAAUGGAGCACCAUGUGCGAACCUGCAUCCCCAAAGUGGAGCUGGUCCCUGCUGGGAAACCCUUCUACUGCCUGAGCUCAGAGGAUCUGCGCAAUACCCACUGCUGCUAUACUGACUUUUGCAACAAGAUCGACUUGAGGGUGCCCAGUGGUCACCUCAAGGAGCCCGAGCACCCUUCCGUGUGGGGCCCUGUGGAGCUGGUAGGCAUUAUUGCUGGCCCAGUCUUCCUCCUGUUUCUCAUCAUCAUCAUUGUUUUCCUUGUCAUUAACUAUCAUCAGCGUGUCUAUCACAACCGCCAGAGACUGGACAUGGAAGAUCCCUCAUGUGAGAUGUGUCUCUCCAAAGACAAGACGCUUCAGGAUCUUGUCUACGAUCUCUCCACAUCAGGGUCUGGCUCAGGGUUACCUCUCUUUGUCCAGCGCACAGUGGCCCGCACCAUUGUUUUACAGGAGAUUAUUGGGAAGGGCCGAUUUGGAGAAGUAUGGCGUGGCCGAUGGAGGGGUGGUGAUGUUGCUGUGAAAAUAUUCUCUUCUCGUGAAGAACGGUCUUGGUUCCGGGAAGCAGAGAUAUACCAGACAGUCAUGUUGCGGCAUGAAAACAUCCUUGGAUUUAUUGCUGCUGAUAAUAAAGAUAAUGGCACCUGGACGCAGCUGUGGCUUGUCUCUGACUACCAUGAACAUGGCUCCCUGUUUGAUUAUCUUAACCGCUACACAGUAACCAUCGAGGGCAUGAUUAAGCUGGCCCUCUCUGCUGCCAGUGGCUUGGCACACCUACAUAUGGAGAUUGUGGGCACUCAAGGGAAGCCUGGAAUUGCUCAUCGAGACUUAAAGUCAAAGAACAUCCUGGUGAAGAAAAAUGGCAUGUGUGCCAUCGCAGACCUGGGCCUGGCUGUCCGACAUGAUGCAGUCACUGACACCAUUGACAUUGCCCCAAAUCAGAGGGUGGGAACCAAACGAUACAUGGCCCCUGAAGUACUUGAUGAAACUAUUAAUAUGAAACACUUUGACUCCUUUAAAUGUGCUGAUAUCUAUGCCCUCGGGCUUGUAUAUUGGGAGAUUGCUCGAAGGUGCAAUUCUGGAGGAGUCCAUGAAGAAUAUCAGCUGCCAUAUUAUGACUUAGUGCCCUCUGACCCUUCCAUUGAGGAAAUGCGAAAGGUCGUCUGUGACCAGAAGCUACGUCCCAACAUCCCCAACUGGUGGCAGAGUUAUGAGGCAUUACGGGUGAUGGGGAAGAUGAUGCGGGAGUGCUGGUAUGCCAAUGGCGCAGCCCGCCUGACUGCGCUGCGCAUAAAGAAGACCCUGUCACAGCUCAGCGUGCAGGAAGAUGUGAAGAUCUAACCUGCUCCUCUCCCCUGCACACAACCCUGGGCAGCGAGAACUAUGUGCAGCUGCCAUGUUGAGCGUACAGUGGAGGCCUACCUCUCGUUUCUGCCCAGCCCUCUGGCCAGAGCCCUGGCCCACAAGAGGGACCGAGCCCGGGAGAUGCGCUCACUCCCAUGUUGGGUUUGAGACACAGACACCUUUUAUAUUUACCUCCUGAUGGCAUGGAGACUCUGAGAGCAGAUUAUGUGGAGAACUCAAUGCCACAACUCAAACUGGUUGCAGUGGGAAGUCCACAAAACCUGGUGCAUCUGGCACAUAGCCAGGAGUGGUGAAAGGGUGGCUGGGGAGGGGCCGGGAGGAGCCAAGCUGUUGCCAGUGCUAGGCAGCACUGGAGUUUUCCUCCAGAGACCAGCCUGUGGCACACCAAGGUGGUCCAGAGGAACCAGAAGUGUAGCCCCUCUCCCAGGCAGCUCUGAGCCACGCGCUCCCCUCCUCACGCAGACAUCGGGAGGGACUGCCAAUGGAGACGGAACCUGCUGCCUGUCUGUCCAGCCGUGUGUGCAUGUGCUGAGGUGCGUCCCUGUUGUGCCUGGUCUGUGCCACGCCCUUACACGUGUGUGUACGUGUGUGUGUUUAGGUACGCACUUACUUGCUUGAGCUUUCUGUGCAUGUGCAGGCCGGGGGUGUGGUGUCAUGCCGUCUCUGCGUGCUGGUGCCUCUGUUCAUAGUGAGCAGCAUCUAGUUUCCCUGGUGCCCUUCCCUGAAGGUCACUCCCUCCCUUCCUCCAGACCCUGCCCAGUGGCACUCUCUUCCCUGCUGGCUGCUCUGCCUGCCCUGUGUCAGCACAGUUCUCCAUUUCAGGCUGAGGAACCAAAGCUGGCCCAGUCGUCCAUGGCAAGAGAAGGUUUGGGGUCAAAAUGUGACUCUGGGAGCAGGGGUGGGGGUGGGGGGUGCAGUGAGAGCAGGGAAAGAAUCUUGGUGGAAGUCUUGGGUGUUGUGGUGAGCAUCAACCGUGGGAAAUGAGCUGGCCCAGAGCAUCGUCCUCAGCAGCAUCAAGGAAGAGCCAAGGAAUUUGAAGCUAGAUCUUGGGAUUCAGAUCGGAAUGUCACAUCUGUCUGUCCCAUCCCAGAUUCUGCAAACAGCAGUGUAUAUUUUUGGUGGU